AUGGUUGGAAUUAUUAGUUCCGGUGUAUGCCGUGCGACUGUCACGUCGUUUCUUUUUCGGGAGUUCCUGCGUAAAGCGAAAGUAAACGGGACGGUACACUUUUCGCUGGCAGCUACUGCAGGUGGUGCCGUCUUUCGCAAACAUCUCGAACGUGUAGCCGGAUUUGGGAGCCUAGCGAUGGGUUCUAGUGGCAGUGUCGUUCCGAGGAAUUUAAUCUGGAACUCGACAAGAGAAAAAUCAUCCAGCAACGAAGCGGAUCCACAUCAAACUCCCUUAACGAUGGAGAAGAAAGACGAGCUGGUGGCAAAACUGACCCCACUGCAGUUUCACGUCACGCAGGAAGCCGGCACAGAGCGACCGUUCACCGGCAAGUACAAUAAGUUCUACGAAAAGGGUACCUACAUCUGUGUCGUGUGCAGCCAGGAACUGUUCAGCUCGGACACGAAGUACGACUCUGGUUGUGGCUGGCCGGCAUUCAACGAUGUGCUCGAUCAGGGCAAGGUGACACUACACAAAGAUCCUAGCAUCCCCGGAGGUAAUAUCCUAUUGUUGAUCACACAACCAGGCCGCGUGCGGACGGAGGUACGAUGCUCGAAAUGCAACGCACACAUGGGACACGUGUUUGAGGAUGGUCCACCGCCCACCCGUAAACGGUACUGUAUUAAUUCGGCCGCGAUCGAAUUUAUGGCCGCCGGUACCGAACGAAAAGAUGGAUCGAGCUAG